AUGGCGAAGAUCUGCACUAAAAAGUCCUACCCAACCAAUGGGAGUUCAUUACGCGACUCUGAUGACAACUCGGACAGAAUACACUCCGCUGGUGAGGACACACCCUCCCGGGUGCCAGGGGCAGCCUCCACGGCCACUAACAGACUCCCUCAAUCAGGCCAGAGGACCAGCACAUCCCCCGGAGCCAUGAGCAGGCUCUCUCACAUCCUGUCCACUCUGCGGGGUCUGGAAGUGGGCAGAAGGCCUCAUGGUCCAGACAAAAGGGAGAGGGAGAGGGAGAGGGAGAGGCCAGACUCCCUCCUGGAGCACUUCCGAGGCCCUCGGCUACCUGACCUGCAGCCAGACGGACCUGACAAAAGGAAAAAUGAAAAUGUGUUUCCCCAAAGUAAAACCAAUCAUUGGCCCCUGGCCGCUUACAACAUGAACAACUGCAACAACACAGAUGACAAAAAAGAGGACAAGAAAGAUGAGAUAAAGAAAGAUGAGAAAAAACAGGAGGAGAAAAAAGACGGGGACAAGAAGGAGGAGGAGAAAAAAGACGGUGACAAGAAGGAGGAGGAGAAAAAAGACGACAAGAAGGAUGAAAAAAAGGAUGACAAGAAGGAUGACAAGAAAGAUGACAAGAAAAAGGAAGAGGAGCCAAAGAAAGAGCUCUGGGUCAUGGACCCCUCACAAGACCAAUACUACCACUGGCUUGGAGUCAUUGCUUUGCCUGUGUUUUACAAUCUUGUUAUGAUUGUAACGAGGUCCUGUUUUAAUGAACUUCAGGAGAAUUAUACUUAUUUGUGGAUUUUUUUGGAUUACACGUCAGACUUAAUCUAUCUCACAGAUACAUGGGUCAAAUCACGAACAGCGUUUCUCGAGCAAGGAUUAAUAGUCAGAGAUAAAAAGAAGCUGCGGGACAACUACAUUGCCAAAUCCAUCUUCAAGUAUGACAUGCUGGCAAUGUGUCCCACUGACUUUUUGUUUUACUACUACGGAUACAACUGCCCCGAGCUGAGAUUCAACCGCCUGUUCAAAAUGUCUCGUUUAUUCGAGUUCUUUGAACGCACCGAGACCAGAACGAGCUACCCCAAUAUGUUCCGCAUCAGCAACCUCGUCCUCUACAUCCUGAUCAUCAUCCACUGGAACGGCUGCCUGUUCUACGCCAUCUCGAAAACCCUCGGCUUCGGCUCGGACUCCUGGGUGUACCCCAACGCCAGCCGCCCCGGGUUCGAACGCCUGGCCAGGAAGUACAUCUACUGCCUGUACUGGUCCACGCUCACCCUCACCUGUAUCGGAGAAGUGCCGCCGCCCGUCUCGGACUUGGAGUACCUGUUUGUGGUGAGCGACUUCCUGGUGGGCGUGCUAAUUUUCGCCUCCAUCGUGGGUAACGUGGGCUCCAUGGUGUUGAACAUGAACGCCUCCCGCACGGACUUCCAGGGCAAGGUGGAUUCCAUCAAGCAGUACAUGUCAUCGCGUCAGGUCAGCAAGGAGCUGGAAGCCCGCGUCAUCAAGUGGUUCGACUACCUCUGGACGGAGAACAAGACCUGCGACGAGAAGGCCGUGCUCAAGACCCUCCCGGACAAGCUGGUAGCCGAGAUCGCCAUCAACGUGCACUUGGACACGCUGAAGAAGGUGCGCAUCUUCCAGGGCUGCGAGGCCGCGCUGCUCAUCGAGCUGGUACUGAAGCUGCAGCCGCAGGUGUUCAGCCCCGGCGACUACAUCUGCAAGAAGGGCGACAUCGGCCGGGAGAUGUACAUCAUCCAGGACGGCAAGCUGGCCGUGGUGGCCGACGACGGCAUCACUCAGUUCGUUGUGCUGGGCGAGGGGGCGUACUUUGGGGAGAUCAGUAUCCUGGGCAUCAAGGGCAGCAAGGCGGGCAACCGCAGGACGGCCAACAUCCGCAGCGUGGGCUACUCCGACCUCUUUGCGCUGUCCAAGGACGACCUCAUGGAGUCGCUGACCGAGUACCCCGACGCCAAGAAGGCCUUGGAGGAGAAGGGUAAAGCCAUCUUGAUGAAGGACAACCUGAUCGAUGAGGCCAUCGCCAAUGCGGGAGCAGACCCGAUCGUGAUGUACAACAGGAUCUUAGCCUUGCAGGGCAGCGUCGACGAAACCACCACCAAGUUCGCCAGGCUUAUGGCUGAGCAAGUAUCUACCCAAAACAAGAUUCGGGAACGGGUCAAAGCCAUGGAAGCCAAAGUGAAGUCUCUGAGCAAGGAUGAAAAAGAGGAGGUGGUUGAUGAGAAAGGCGAGAAAAAAUAACUUUUAAUUGCUAAACGAAAGAGAAAGCAAGAAAAAUAAGGAGGGGAUCAAAGACUGGAAAAAAAUAUAUAACGCAUUGUACCACAAAACCUCCGCAACCGAGACAUUUUGUUUUGCAUUUGUAAGAAUUACAUUUAUAGUUUUGUUGAAUAUCAGUCUGUUUUUUGCAUCAUGUAUAUUUCUUAAUUAUGACAUUGGCGUAAAGAAGACUGUGCUCGAGUUUUGUCUACAUACUAUUACCCUUUUUGCCGUGUCAUUCUGUACACAUGAUAAUAUGGAUCAGGAGGAAUGAAAAUGUUGCACAGUUUGGGGAACAUCAACUUUGAUGUUGUGGCAGUAUUUGUACAUUUGUGUGAAGAGUGGAGCAGGACAGCAUGCCUCUUGACGACAUUUAAAUGUGAUACCAUGUGUUGAAAUUAGUAGCUAAUGACUACAUCAGAAUAUUUUAAUACGGUUACCACACAAUCACCAAAGUGUUUGACAUAGUUGGUACUAUGGAAAAGGUGCUUCUGCACAUUCAUUUUUUGUCUGUCCCGAAUAGAUAUAAAGUGUUUUUUAGAGCUUAAGCUUGCCUAUCUGCAUAAACUGAAUUGAACCGAAUUGAAUA